GAUUUUUAUUGGAGAAGCAGUUUCUGCCUCUCUUUACUGUACUGUCUUUGACUGGAGCCUGUGGGCACAGAACAACGUGAUAACUUUUUAAACAUGAAUGCAUUUUGGUUUAUCUAACGCAAACCUAUUUCUGAAUUUAAUCAAUUGGAUUACGAUCUACAGAGUUUAGUCAAGGAAUACCACCCAAAGGUGGUCGGAAACUAUACGAAGAUUAAGAGGAGCCUUAUCAACAUACAGAAAUGGCUUCAUUCAAAUCCACAAAAAUCCCAAUAUAUCCCAAACUUGGAGAGAAAGUUACUCCGGACACAUUGUAUUGGAAAAACUACAAGGCCCCAGUCCAGAUAAAGGAAUUUGGAGCAGUCACAAGCAUUGACUUCUCCUCCCUGGCACCACACAACUAUGCAGUGACUGCUUCUACACGGAUCCACAUCUACGGACCGUUUUCUACGGAGCCAGUCAAGACAUUUACUCGCUUCAAGGACACGGCGUACAGCGGAAAGUUCCGGUCAGAUGGUCAGCUCUUGGUGGCAGGAUGCGAGGACUCCAUGGUGCGGCUUUUUGAUGUCAGCGGCAAGGUGGCGCUCAGGGUGUUCAAAGGGCACACAAAGGGGGUGCAUGUAACAGAUUUCACCUCAGACUGUUAUCACAUCCUGACGGGCUCAGACGACUACACUUGUCGCCUGUGGGACAUCCCCAAUUCCACUGAACUGACCUCAUACAAGGAACACACAGACUAUAUCCGCUGUGGCAUCACCAGCAAACUCAACAGAGAUAUCUUCAUAACCGGCUCCUAUGACCACACACUAAGGGUGUUUGAUGCCAGAGUGGAAAAGAGUGUGAUGACCAUGGACCACAGCCAGCCCGUGGAGAGCGUUCUGCUCUACCCCUCUGAAGGACUACUGGUUUCAGCAGGAGGGCGCUACGUGAAGGUGUGGGACCUGCUGAAGGGAGGUCAGCCUCUGGUGUCACUGAAGAACCACCACAAGACCGUCACCUGCCUCAGUCUCAGCAGCAACGGACAGAGACUGCUCUCUGCCUCCCUCGACAGGCACGUGAAAAUCUACAACACAACCAACUACAAGGUGGUUCAUAACUUUGACUACGCCGCCUCCAUUCUCAGUCUGGCCCUGGCUCCUGAUGACGAGUCCAUUGUCGUUGGGAUGACCAAUGGCGUCCUGAGCAUCAAACAUAGGAAGAGCCCUGAGGAGAAACGGGAAAUGGCUGGAAAACAGAGAAUGCAGCCAGUGUACCGCAUCUUUGUCAAAGGAAGAAACUACGUCCCAAAAAAGGAUGACUUUCUUGUCAGCAAACCAGUGAAGAGCCAUCUGGCCAAAUACGACAAACAGCUGAAGAAAUUCAACAUCUCCAAGGCCUUGGAUACCGCCCUGGAGUCGUGGCGGAGGAACAGAAAGCCUGAGAUCACGGUGGCGGUGAUGAAGGAGUUGGAUCGCCGAGGAACUUUGAAGAACGCUCUGGCCGGACGAGACGAGCAGAACCUCUCGCAACUCCUCAAUUUCCUGAUUGGGAAUGUAGUUGAUCCCAGGUUUACACCUGUCCUCGUCACCGCCACUGAGAUGAUUCUUGACAUCUACCAGGCAGUGGUGGGUCAGUCUUCAGUAGUGGACAGGCAGCUUGUACGUCUCCAGGAGCUAGUGGAGAGAGAGGUUGACUACCAGCAGGACCUCCUGGAAGUUCUGGGGAUGUUGGAUACUCUAUUCGCCGCAUCCCUCCCAAGGAAAGAGGUGCCUUGCCCAGGCAGCAGCCGGCCUAACGGCUUGGCAGAGGGGAGUUUGGGGGCUCCGGGACCACAGCUCAAGGCCGCCUGAGGCCCCUACAAAAAGACUAUUCCACCGGGGUACCAGAGUGCCUGGGCUGCCCCCGUCACGACUGGUUCCGGAAGUGCUUCUCGGUCUUUGGCGGAACGUCGUCAGACUUCGAGAACCCAUGACUACAUCCUGCUAUCUGAAUUUAAACCACCAACUAAAAAAUGGAUUUGCGCAACCAAGCUGAGCCUUGUUCAUGCUGUGCUCCCUGGUUUUAACAGAAAGGGUAUUUUAACUGGCUCCAGAGAGAGGACAAAUGGGUUUGACUCUUCAGAGACAGUGUUUUGUAAAUGUACACAUCUGUAUGUAUACUUAAAUCUCUGUAUUCAGACUGGACACAAAGCGACAAUUCAUUUUUUUGGAACGCCAUCAAAUUGUCUUUCACUGCUAAUGUUUCUCUAAACAGUGUGCGUGUAUUCCGUUUCUCUCGCCCUAUCUGUUCAUGUUUGGUUUAAAUUUUUAUAGAAUUUGCUUACAUUUCCAAUGUGCCGUAAAAAAAGAAAGCUGAAGUAAACUAUCAAUGUUGAAAACAAGGCGCCCUGGAUCCUCUUUGAUUAGACUCUCACAUGCGCACCACACACAGUAUACUGUCCCAAUUGUCAUUCUCUCCAUCCUCCCAAAGUGUGCACUUGUUCACCAAAGAUGGUGAAUCAACGAAGAUGUCUUACUCAGGCGGUUUACCAUUGAAGAAAAUGCUCACAGUUACGUACUGCUUUAAAGGGUAACUGUCAAAUACAAUUUCAGCCUUUGCCCAACCCCUUUAAAUUUAAAUAAACAAAAGCAUUCAGCUGGGUAGUAGGGUGUGUGGUGAAUUGCUCAUAAAGAUUCAUUUUGGGUUUGGGUAAACAUUGUCCCAGAUCCCCAACACUUUCACAUUAAAGUAUACUUAACAGUAGUCCACUGGCACGCUCUGAUGGUAAAAUUAUGUGAUGUCAUGCCAAGUAGUGUCCCUUUGCCAAUACGUGCCCCACCCCCUCCACGACACAUUAGGUUUCAAUUCUAUUGAAGCCCUAUUAAGGUGUUGUUCAGGGUGAAUUUAUAUUUGUGUUUCUGACAUGUUUUUGGGGGGGAAAAUCAUGAUUUUAGUUUUUUGGAAAUGUACUGCCAGGGCCCAAUUAUGGCAAUAUUGCUCCAGAAUAUUAAUGUUCUGUUGAAGACCUUCUUUGGUUGGUGAUAGAAGUACCAAGUCAUCAGCAUAUAGCAGGUAAUUUCACCUCUGUGUCAAAUAGUGUGAGUCCUGGGGCUGGAGAUUGGUCCAACAUAUCUGCUAAUUCAUUGAUAUAAAUGUUGAAAAGAUUUGGACUCAAAUUGCAGCCUUGUCUCACACCUCGCCAUUGUGAAAAUAAUUAUGUUCUUUGGUUUUUGAUUUUUAUUGCACACUUGUUUUCUGUGUACAUACAUUUUAUUAAGUCAUAUACCUUACCACCAAGCCCACUUUGUAGAAUAGCCCUUAGUGCCAAAUCGAAUCAAAUGCUUUUGUAAAGUCAAUAAAGCAAGCAAAGAUUUUGCCCUUU